CUAAUCACGAGUUCACGCGGCCUGGAAUUUGGGCGAGUUCAACGACCUCGUCCUCUCUAAAAUAACUUGUUUUUGUCGGUUUCUCCUAGCACAGGGUGUUGCGUAGACACAGACGACAUUCGCUGGAUGUCGUUUCUGCAUUUUUCUUCGGGGUGCAAUAGGAGUUACUUUUCUCCCGAGAAUCUUCUAAGUCUUCACCACUUUACAGAAAAGCAAACCGAGGUCUGGAGGGAGAAGGGGACUCGCGCGUGGGGAGUCGUUCCAUCUCGCGGCUAGCUACAAAGUGUGGGGGCCGAGAAUUGGCUCCCUGGCUCUCGGGUUGGAAGUUCUGGGCUCUUCUGGAACGAAUGAACGAACCACCGAUGGGAAGUACAAGCGACCAGCCAGCUGGAGACAAGGAGGCAUUACGAGGACCUUGUUAUCCCACCCCUCCCGCCCAGGUUAAGGAUCGAACCCGACCGCCUCGCGCUGGGGCAGCGGGGCUCCCGAAAGGCCGCCCCCUCUGAGGGCGCGCGGACUCUGCGGCUCCGGGGCCGCGGGGCCGCCCGGACGCUGUUACGCGCGGACCUGAUUGUAAAGUGGCGCGCGCGCCCCACCCCCACCCCCUUUGUGCGCGCUCCCGCGCGCGCCCCACCAGCGCCCAUCCGAGGUUCCAGGAGCCGGCGUCGUUUCCGGCCCGGAGGUGGGGGAGGGGGCGGAGUCGGAGCCGGCGCCACAGCAACCGCGGAACGCGGACCCCGGCCUCAGCCUCUGGUCGGCUCCGGUCCCGGGAUGGCGCCCAAGCCCCCCGGCUCCGUCCUCGAGCUCCGCGCCGCCGGCAACGAGAGCUUCCGAAGCGGCCAGUACGCAGAGGCCGCCGAGCUCUACGGUCGGGCCCUCGACGCGCUGCGGGAGACAGGUCCACCCAACCCUGAAGAAGAGAGUGUCCUCUAUUCCAACAGAGCAGCUUGCCACUUGAAGGAUGGAAACUGUACACAUUGCAUUAAAGACUGCUCUGUUGCAUUGUCUUUGGUUCCCUUUGGCAUAAAACCCUUGCUAAGGCGGGCAGCAGCCUAUGAAGCCUUGGAGAAAUACCAGCUGGCCUAUGUGGAUUACAAGACAGUGCUGCAGAUAGACUGUACUCUGCCAGCUGCGCAUGAUGGAGUCAACAGGAUGACCAAAGCUCUCAUGGACACAGAUGGGCUUGAGUGGCGUCUUAAGCUGCCCCCCAUCCCCUCAGUGCCAGUUGCAGCUCAGAAGAGGUGGGAAGUGGCUCCAGGGGGUGACCAUGAGAAGGCAGCCAAAAACAAACUCAAAGAAGAUGACACCUUAAAGAACAAAGUGCCUACUGUCAGAGACAUUGAGCGAGCCCGGGCCCUAAAGGAAGAAGGCAAUGAGCUGGUGAAAAAAGGAAAACAUAAGGAGGCUGUAGAGAAGUACAGUGAGAGUCUUAUGUUCAGCAGCAUGGAGUCUGCAACCUAUACCAACAGAGCCCUCUGCUAUUUGUCACUGAAGAAAUACAAAGAGGCAGUAAAGGAUUGCACCGAGGCUCUCAAAUUAGACUCAAAGAACGUCAAGGCAUUUUAUAGGCGUGCCCAGGCAUUCAAAGAACUCAAGGACUAUCAAUCCAGCCUUGAAGACGUCAACAGCCUCCUGAGUAUUGAGCCAGAGAACAGCGCCGCCGCCAAGCUGAGGCAGGAAGUCAACCGGAGCUUAAAAUAAAUAAAGUCCAGGAAGGGGCAGCAAACCUGCCUGAUUUCACUCGGAGAAGCUGAGGGCCUCUUUGUCUGCUCCAGGGCCGAGAGAGAGCGAGUAAGCCCUUUGACCCAGGCCAGGCCCCAGGCAAUGCAUCCCAGCUUCUUUUCUUGCACCCAUCUCACUUUGCUUCCUUCUCACUCAGAAUCUUUGCUCACUGAAAGUCAGUUCGUGUUAGUGAGCCAGGCCUCCCCUUUUUGGUUGGCAAGGGUUUCUUCCAUUGCUGACCUUUUUCAGGGAAGCUUUCCUGGCAAGGCCACUCUCUCCCAAUGGUAAAAUCAUAUCCUUCUUCACCCACUAAGCAUGCCCCAUCUCUGCUUCCUGGCCCUGUCAGGCAGCUCAGUCCAUGGUGAAUGGGGUCAGGUAGUAGCUGGCAAAUCAGGCCCCUGGCCCUGCUCACCUAGAGUUGCUUCUGGCACAGAGUAGGGCAUUCUCCCAGCUUCUGUUGUGCUCAGGGCAUGUGGCGGCUUCAUUAUGGAUGGAGCCCUUGGCCACAGCCUGUGUCCCUGUGUAGCGCUUGCAUUUGACAGUUAUUCGGGGUACUGGCUUUGGUACUUGACCUCUCCUAACACUUGUAUCUUGUUCCAAGUUACUCAAGGGUCUGCCUGGCAGCAGCCACAUUCCCUGCUUCCCCAGCAUCCCCAGGGCUGGAGCCAUGAGCCCUAGUCUGGGAGUUGGCCUGUUGCAUGUUUUGGGUGGGGAGGCUGUCCCAGCCCUAGUUUAAGAAAGGCAGCUUUAGGGCACCUAGGAGAGUUCUUAUUCUUUUGUCCCUUUUGGAGUGAUUCUGAAUGGCCUCAUGGUUUCAGUCACCCCGUGUUUAAGCCACUGCAUAAAAAGUACAUCUUCUAUUGGACUUCAGUCGUACCUUCAUUUACAAGGGGACCAUGAGACCUUGUCUGGACACUGCCUCUUGUAGUGCAGGCCAUGGUCUUUUAUAGUACCCUUGCCAUAGAACAGGCUGUUCUCCCCUCUCCCAGUGCAGCAAAGGGAUUUCCUCCAAAGAAAUCCUUAGUACACAGUACAAGCUGGGCCUGGGCCUCAGUUCCCUCAACAUUAUCACUGGUUCUGUCUCGGGACAAAACUACAACCUUACUCCAGUAGCUGCUGCCAAGUGUGCCUGGAAUCAGGGCAACCUCUUGCAUUACUGAAAGAAUUAACAAGCAUUUAGGUGGCUACUGUGUGUCAGGCACUGGGCUUAGUGGAAUUUCUUAAGACAUGCACACCCAAGUCUAUACAAAACAAACAUUCUAAGUUCAGUUGGGAAAGAGGAGCACUAGCAAUUGUAAAUCAAAAAAGGUUUCCCAUACAAGGAAGUCACCAACCUGUCUUGAAAAAGUGAGGUGCAGUGGAGGUGAGGAUGGGGAGCAAUCAGCACAAAGGAGUCAGAGAAUGUCGGUUCUUAUGCAUGUAAGUAGUCAGAGAUGGAGGCAAAGGGAUUUGAGGAAGGAUGAGCAUGUUGCUACUCUGGGUAGGAGCAAUUGCUUCUUAACCCUGUAGCUUGCAAACAUAAAGUUAACCAUCUUUUUUGAGGGAAAAAUGCCAGUUUUACUUUUGACAUGUGCACAAAACCCUUCCUGAUUCCAAAUGCCCACGCCCUUCCUCUGUAAAUGACGGGACUGUGGUCAAGGCAGAUUGUAAGGGACAAGCCAAGAAACCACAGAAUUAAGGUGUACGGGAGGAGGGCAUGAAUACUGGUAAUCUUAAGAGCAGCAUGGGCUCUAAGAUCUAGGAGUGAGCUACCCUUCUACCCCGAGCCAGAGAAGGAUGGUUUAUACAUCCUGUGCCCACAGUGGAGAGCAAAGAUGCCCUUCUGUUUACUCAGGAUUCUGCUGUUCUUUACCUCCCUACGCCCAGGCUCUACUUGGCUGGGAGGGGAGGGGGGGGCCUAUAUGCAUGUCUAGCACGUGCACACGCGUGCACACACACAUGCAAGCACGCUUGAGAUGAUUCUGGGUAAAGUGGAGUCAAACUUUAAUACACACACACAAAAAGCAAAGGAUGCUUGACCAGCUUGAUGACUGGCCUCCUCUGUUCACUUAUAUCAGAUUGUGCAGGUACACAGACAAAUAAGGAAAUAAGUUACAGUUAGAGUUGAGAAUGCCUCAGAGAAGAGAACUGGAAGGACUAGUCUCUUCAGAGCCAUGAGGUUUCAGUUAAGUUUUCUGGGAAGGAAAAAAAAAAGAAAAGGCCUAGGAUAUACGGUGUUUGAUGAUAAAUACCAAAUACCAAUCAAGUUCCAGCUAUCAGGCAUUCUUAUAGCUAAAAGAGAAAUAGAAAGUGUCCCCCAAGGAAGGACAGCUUCAGCAUCAGCUCUCAAAGGACAGGGGGGCUGUGCUUGUCUGACUGAAGGACACGGGACAAAGUAAGCCAUACUCGGUUCCUGCCAAAGACUUGAGGCUCAAGAUUUCUGGGAAGGAUGGGGAGAUCCACAGCCAAUAUGGGAACAUAUGAUCUAAGUCAGAUAAUAAUUAGCUUCCUUCCAAAGGAGACUCCUACAGAAACACUAUCAGAAAGGCUUUAGCUAAAUGUCUAGAUGAUAGAGCCAGUUCUUUUGGUACAAAGAACAGCCCUUGGCUUUCAAAGGCCAGAAAAGCAGAGGUUUUGGCACAUCCUUUCAAGAUGGAUAGACCUCAGGACGAGUCCCAGAGACAAGACUCUGCCUCUGUCUUUGAAGAACUAGUCUAGGUAGAAGGGGGCCCUUUAUAAAUAUGAGUGAAACCUAAGGGCAGUAAUAGUACAUUGGGAGCCUCUGCCUAACUGAGUAAAAUCAUGUGACACCUAGUGCUAAAGGUAGCAAAAGGCUCCAAGACUGACCAGAGAUGGACAGCAGAACUCCCCCCACCCCUGCCCUUCCUGGGCUCCAUCUCUGGCUACUAUGUUUGACUGGGCCUAGACUCACAGAGGCCUCAGUGCAUAUAUGUCUUGGACAGCUCCGUGACCUCUUGUGCUUGGAGCGCAGCGAUUGCUUCUUCAAUCUGAGGGUGGGAGAGGAAAAUUAAACUCACUCAGGCCUGGCCCAGCCCAUACACCUUCCUAGGAAAGUUGCUGCAACUCUUUGGCUAACCUCUAAGGACAGGUUCCUGUGGUGUGUUUUAGUCACACACUCUGGGCAUCUGGGGGUACAGUGGAUAGAGCACUGGGCCGGCAGUCAAGAAGACCUAUAUUUAAGUCCAGAUUCUGAUACCAGCAAUGGGACCUUGGGGCCUUUGAUCUGUUUGCCUCGGUUUCCUCUACUGUAAAAUGGGGAUAAUGCCCACAUAACAGGGUUGUUAAUGGAGACAAUAUAGUCAUAGUGCCUGGAACAUAGUAGGUGCUAUAUAAAUGCUUAUUUUCCUCCCUAUCCUACAACCAAAGAGACUGUGAGUGCUAAUCUGGGGGCUCCUAAAAUCCCUGAGCAAGACAUGCCCAUGGCAGGAGCACAGGGGACUGCUACGUGCUAACUCCCACACGACAUUCAUGGGCACCCACUCUCCCAGAGCCCCAAGAUACCUACCUUGGAGUGAAGGGAUUCUGGAGACUCCAGCAUUAACAGCAGCUCUGAGUUGUCAAUCUCCAGCAGCAUGCCUGUGAUCUUAGCAGCCAGCUGGCCGUGUAUCCCAUAAAUGAGUGGGUAGAGUCUGUCACCUGCUCAAAACAGCAGGGAGAAUAAUGCAUAGACCUGGACUGGCUGAUAGCACAAUGUGUGCCAUACCAUCAGCCCUUUUUCUGCCCCCUUUUCUUCCUGUGUAAAAUGGGGAUGGCAGUUGUAGUCCUGGAAGUGCUGUGGAAUUUACAGCGUAAGAAUCAGCUGUUAUUCCCAUUCCCUACCCCAAUCUCACAGUCCUUUUAUGGAACCAAAGGACCUGAAGCUUGUUAUUGACAUAAGGGACUGACACAAUCAAGCAGUGUGUACUUAGGAUAAAGAGGAGAAGGCAGUCUACAAUGGAAGGAGGAAACGACCUAUUUAAACAAGCUCCUGGCUGGGAAAAUUGCAAACUGAUAACUAAGGCAUUGACUCUGGUCCCUGUUAGAGUUACCAUUUCCGAAAGUCACCAUGACAAGGCAGCUAAGAGUUCAGAAACUGCCUUAGCCAGCAAACACGAUUUCUUUUCCAAGCACAGACACAGCAGCUAAGGGACAGCAUGGGUUUUAGAGUACAGAUUACUUUGAAAAACAUCAGAAAGCAAGCUAGCAGGUGACUAGAAGCAUUAGAGAACUAGCAAAAGUAAAAAAGUAGGUUUGCAGAAAGCUUGUCUAAGACUUAGUUGUCCCAGCCUAGGCACAUUUGUCAGUACAACUGAGGAAAACAAGUGGACAUGAAGCAGAUCUGCCAGUUUACGUGGUAACAUAUCCAUAAUUGACAAAAAUGGAAGCAUGCAUGACAUUUGAACUCAGUCCACAACCUCAGGACCUGAGGCACAAGUAACAUGUUUAAAAGAGGGCAGCUAGGUGGCGCAGUGGGUAAAGCACCAGCCCUGGAUUCAGGAGGACCUGAGUUCAAAUCCAACCUCAGACACUUGACACAAGCUGUGUGACCCUGGGCAAGUCACUUAACCCUCAGUGCCUCACCCCACCCCAAAAAGUUGGGAAGAACAUAGUAGAAAUCCACCUUAGAGAAAUGAGAAUUUUAGACUCAGGCUGGUUUGAGGUCUCAGAGGGAAAGAUUUCCUAGAGUAUAAAAGAUCAUAGAAAACUCACCAAAAGCUAGCUACCAGAAAACAAAUCAGUAUCCACACCAAACCAUAUGCUCAUUAGCUCACUCAUUCCUCUAGAGUAUAGUGGAUAAAGAGGAGGUGGGAACAGGCAGGCUUUUGUAGCUGUCUGUUCAACAGAAUGUAUCUUUCCAAUCAACCGUAAAGUGUGAACAUUAUAUAAUCUGGCUGAAAGAAAAUUCUAUUUGGCAGAUCAAAUCACAGUUCUCCUUAGGCAGGGACACCCCUUGACAAGAUCAUAUAAGAAUCACAGAGUCUGAGUUACAGGGAACCUCAGAGGCUAUUUAGCCUGAAGAUGUCAAGUGUUUUGACUCUAGCUAGUCAGUAAGUCUUGAAUCCACUCCAUUAUCUAGUCCACAUAUUUUCAAUAACAAUGUCUCAGAAAUAGCAUUUGCCAUUUCUUUCAGGCUAACCCAGUCUGUCCUGGUAUAUGUAAUUCAUCUAUGGCAGCUAGGUAGUAUAAGUAGGCCUUGGGAUCAGUCGGGAAGACCAGAGUUCAGAUCCUGCCUCAACUGCUAGCUUUACAACCACGGAUGAAUCACAACCACUCUCAGUCUGCUUCCCCAUUUGUAAAAUAGGGAUAAUACAACUCCCUGCUUCACAAGGUUAUUGGAAGGACCAAAUGAGGUAACCUGUAAAGUACUUUGCAAACCUUGAAGUGCCAUGGAAAUGUUAGUUGCCAUUACUCCCCUGGCACUGGUGAUUUAAAGUGAUCCAGAGCAGCCAGGCAGUGUCUUACCAUCUAAGUGGGGUUUCAGUUCCCUUUGCUAUCCUGUACCUUUCAGUCCAAAGAUCACUGUGGUUAGAAAACAAAAGCAAACAAGAGGGGGUGGUCCCCAUUUUCUUUGUUGUUACAUCCCCCUUCUUUUUCUCCUUUUCGGCUUCAACAAUCCCUUUGUUAUCCUCAGUUUUUCUCUACGGCCUUAACUCAUUCUGACACUUUUUGUGGCACCAUGGUAUCCUCCACUAUGAGCCAUUGCUUCCAUCAUCUCUGGUCCUUGCUUUUAAAUGCUUAAUUUGGUUGAUGUAUAUCCAUUCUUGUCUGUCUACUUUCAAUACUUUUUUCUCAACAGAAUUGCUUCUCUUUAUCUUCUAAGUUUCAUUCCUGAUAGCACUCCAUUGCUUCUGGGCUUUUUCCCAAUGGGAUUCUGGGCCAUGGGACCUAAUCUACCUGGUUCUUCAAACCCUUGGAUAUAGGGUUUAUGUCAAACUAUACCUGGUUUUCUGCUUCUGCUAAAUAACCACUUUCCCUGAAGCCUUCCAUCACUGUAGCUAACCAUCUGACAUUCUAGAGUCCACAUGACCUGAAAGCAAAAACAACUCAUGAUCUUGUGAAUAGCAGAUGAGAGAUGACAAGGAGACAUGCUUGUAGAAAGUGUGCAGUGCUUUUAGAAUGUGCUGGGUCAAGUCCAAAUGGAAAAAUGGUUCUCUAUAGGUGGCAAGUUUCUUCAGAUACUCGUUUGUGGAUAGCAUUGGGCCAAUUACAGUGAACCCAAGAAUACUAGUGACUGUGCAGUGAAACUCAGUUACUCAAGAGAAUGGCCUCGAAUCAGAUAGGAAGAAAACUAGUCAUUGCAAAGAUUGACAUACAUUUAGAUGGGCAGCCAUUGAGCUGGUCAUCAGAACAUAGAUCCUACAUACCCCUUAUGGAUAGUGACCUGGGCUUAAAGUUCAAUAAAUGGAAGAAAUCAGGCCAGAUCACAUUUAAGAAACUAGCACUUUACAUGGUUCCAAACUACUCACUGAUGCAGAAGCCCAUCUUUAUAAUACUAAUAGUCUCCCAGUAAUGCCAUAUAGCCUUGAAUCAUGGAAUGCCACAAUCUCAAAAACAUCAAAAUUACAGAUGACCUAAAAGGUAAUAGAAAGGCACAUGGUAUCAGGGUGUAGUCUAUUACCAAUUGUGACUUAUGUUUGAAUAGUGGUAGUGGAAAAGACCAAGGAAGAUGAAGUGUGCCAGUUGUGUGAUAAGAGCAAGGUUGCAACAGCCUUAUACUUCAUGCCCUGUGAGUACCAGAGAGGGCAGGGUUCUGGAUACUUAAGGAAGUUCCACAGAAAAACCAAGAUAAGAGUAAGACAGGAGAUGGUGUACUUGGGUUACAGCCUGCACCAGUGGAGGAAGUACCUGUGUUGAGAUCAUGGAUUCAUCGAAGUGAUUAAUAAUGAACAUUUCUAGAACUGUUUUAGGGUUGAUAAAGGCAUCUUUCUCAAUGACCUUGUGAAGUCUUUUUUUAUUUUUAUUUUUUUGGUAUGGACCUAUGAUUUCAUCACUGAAGUUUCCCCCUGACUACAGAUGAGCAACUAUUGUGCACCUUACACUUAGUGUCCAGAGGUCCCAAGAAGUCAAGAGUAACUCAGCCCCAAGUCACCCAGCCAGUAUAGAUCUUGGUGGGACACAAACCCAGGGCAGCUCUCCAGCCACCAUGCCACACUUGCUUCUCUGUGUCAGUGUUGUUAUCCCCAUUUUACACAUGUGAGAAGAGGCGAAGAAACUUGCCCAGGUAGUUCAGCUAUUAAGUGUCCCAAACAGGACUCCAGCUUGCGUCUUCUGAUGCCAAGACCAGUGCUUUCCUCGCUGCAUGACAAUAUGACCUACUUUCCCCAGCAUUCAAGGAGGUAGAAGCCAGCGAUCCUGUAAUAGACAGGAGGGUCCUCCCCACAAGCCCAAAGAGGCCACCAGGGUCAAGAAUUUCAUAGAUGAGAGCCAAGGAUGGUUCUCACCCACUCCCACACCCAUUUUAGGAGGCAAGACAUUAUUUGAUGAGAAGGGAGGUGUGGAAAUGAAGGCCUUUAGUAAUAAAGAACAAAAAUGUGGGUUCCCAUUUCCAUAGCACUUUCCUCACAGCAGCCCCAUGAUGUAAAUAGCAUCCAGGCAUUCAGUCAAUAAACAUUUAUUAAGCAUG